CUUCUAGGGGGGUUCGUCUGCUGAGAGAAGUUCAGUCAACACACCAGGAAUCGCACAGUCUGGAUUCAUGUGGCAUCUCCACACUCACAGUCCGCUUCUCUGCACCACCGCGAGACUUCCGUCCAUUCAUGGUUGCGAUAUAAAACCUGUUUGCCGUGGGAUAUGUGUUGGUAGACAUUAAUAGUUGAGUUGUAACCAUUACGCGACCUGUCACCAAGUACCUGCGGAUCUACUGCGGGGAGUUUUGCCAGCAAGCAGGGUACUGCAGAGAACCUGUAACAACACGGAUCUUUACAGAAGUGAACAAUGCUCAGACUAGAGACCAUCAUUUGCACUUUUUCUGUGCUGUCAGUCGCUGCAGGGGGAGAUUUUAAAGCACGGAACUGCAGCGAGGUGAGGGAGUCUUGCAUCAGGAAAGGCUUCAGCUUCGCACAUGUUCCUCACCAGGAUAUCCCAGGGGAACAUCUGCGUGUAUGUCCUCAGGGAAACACAUGCUGCACCCAAGAAAUGGAGGACAAAUUUGGUCAGCAGAGUAAACAGGACUUUGAGAAUCUGCUUAACGAAACAAGUCAUGGACUGCGAAGCACCUUUGUCUCUGGACACAAAGGAUUUGAUGAAUUCUUCCUGGAGCUGCUGGAGAACACAGAGAGGUCCCUGAAUGAGAUGUUUAUGAGGACUUAUGGCAAGCCUUACAUGCAGAACUCAGAGGUCUUUGAGAACCUGUUUGCUGAGCUGAAGCGCUAUUACACAGGAGGGAAUGUUAACCUGGAGGAAAUGCUUAAUGACUUUUGGUCGCGGCUGCUGGAGCGUAUGUUCACACUCCUCAACUCCCAGUAUGUCAUCACCGAGGACUAUCUGGAGUGUAUCAGUAAGUACACCGACCAGCUCAAGCCCUUUGGAGACGUGCCCAGGAAGCUCAAGGCUCAGGUUACCCGCGCAUUCAUCGCUGCACGCACAUUUGUCCAAGGGCUCUCUGUUGGCCGAGAAGUGGCCCAGAGAGUGUAUAAGGUAAGCAGCACUCCAGCAUGUAUACGAGCACUGACAAAGUUGCUGUACUGCCCUUUUUGUCAGGGCAUGCCAGCAGUAAUGUCCUGCAAGAAUUACUGCCUUAAUGUGAUGAAAGGUUGCCUGGCCAAUCAAGCUGAUCUGGAUCCAGAGUGGAACCAGUACAUUGAUGCCAUGCUGCUGGUGGCAGAAAGGCUGGAAGGGCCUUUCAACAUUGAGUCUGUCAUGGAACCAAUUGAUGUGAAGAUUUCUGAGGCCAUCAUGAAUAUGCAAGAUAACAGUGCCCAGGUCUCCUACAGGGUUUUUCAAGGUUGUGGUCAGCCAAAACCCGCAGGAAUCACGAGGUCCACUCGUGGUGUUUCGGAUGUGUUCAACGCCCGCUUUAAGCCCUACAGCCCAGAGGAGCGGCCUACCACUGCAGCUGGCACAAGCUUAGACAGACUGAGGAUUGUUUGGAGAACGAUGCAGUACAAUGUGGUUGACAUAAAACAGAAACUGAAGAUGUCCAAGAAAUUUUGGUCCAGCCUUCCUGAGGCCAUGUGUGUGGAGGACAGAGUAACUGCAGGAAAUGCCAGUGAUGGGGAGUGCUGGAAUGGACACACCAAGGGCAGGUACUUUCCUGAAGUCCAAAAGGAUGGCCUAAUCAACCAGGUGAAUAACCCUGAGGUGUCUGUCGACAUCACACGUCCCGACACCAUCAUCCGUCAGCAGAUCAUGGCUCUUCGGGUGAUGACCAACAAGCUGAAAAAUGCCUACAAUGGCAAUGAUAUCUACUUUCAAGACUCAAGUGAUGAAGGCAGUGGCUCAGGUAGCGGCAGCGGCUGUACAGAAGUCUGCCCCACAGAUGUGGACAGUGCUACCACUGAAAUCCCAGUGGUCAGAGCAGAUCGGAGCGGGCCUUUGGAAGGCUCUGCCCAACUCUGUGCCGCCUCUGUAGCCCUGCCAACCAUGCUGGCCCUCUCAGUCCUAGCUCUUCAUCGACAAUGGAGAUAAUGCUGGAGCAACUGGCUAAAUAUGGACAGCAGGGUUUCCUUUCCUCUCCUCUUCCAGUUUUUGUAUUCAGGCAAAUCGGAGCUACAGUCAAGCAGACAACAUUCGAGCGACCAGUCUUGAUGCUGGAGGAGUCUGCUCUGAGAAAGAGAGUAGUCAUGCAUCAUGAUUUCCCACUUUCCCAAAGAUCAUGCAGUGCCAUCCCAAGACUUGAUAUUUUAUGGCAUCAUUCACCAUCUACUUAUGAUGCAAACCCAACAAACUCUUCUUUAGAGAUAAAAUAUAUAUAUAUACAUUUCCUUGCACAUGUGGCAGGUAUCAGUAUAGGUCUCCAAGUGGAAAAAUCUAAAAAGCACUUUGAUUAUUUUUUUUAAAUGCAAAAAAAAGAAGUGUUUUAAAAA